GAUUCUGCCUCAAGCAUGGAGGACAAAAGUCACACAGUGGGGACCUUCCAGGUUGGGGACUAUGCGGUGUUCGCCGCUCUGUUCGUGGUCUCCUCUGGUAUCGGGGUUUUCUUCGCCAUCAAAGAGAGAAAGAAAGCCUCGUCUAAAGAGUUUCUGGUCGGGGGCCGUCAGAUGUCCUGCGGGCCAGUGGCCCUUUCUCUCACCGCCAGCUUCAUGUCUGCGGUCACAGUGAUCGGGGCCCCGUCAGAUGUGUAUAGAUACGGGGCCUCGUAUGUCAUCUUUGGGGUCGCCUACACUUUCGUGGUGUUUUUAACCGCUGAGCUCUUCCUGCCUGUGUUCUACAGAUCAGGCAUCACCAGUACAUACGAGUAUUUGGAGUUGCGUUUUUGCAAGCUUGUUCGAGUCGCAGCCACUCUGAUUUAUAUCAUUCAGACGAUUCUGUACACUGGUGUGGUCGUUUAUGCGCCAGCUUUAGCACUCAAUCAAGUGACAGGAUUUGAUCUUUGGGGAUCCAUAUUUGCCACUGGCAUUGUCUGCACUUUUUACUGUACAUUGGGUGGACUGAAGGCUGUGGUCUGGACAGAUGCCUUCCAGAUGGUGGUGAUGGUGGUGGGGUUUCUCACGGUGCUGAUCCAGGGUGCGAGUCGAGCGGGGGGGAUUGAGUCUGUCUGGAGCACGGCUCACACUGGAGGCAGAAUGGACGUCUUUGACUUUGACGUGAAUCCUCUGAGGCGCCACACGUUCUGGACGCUCUCUGUGGGCGGCACCUUCACUUGGUUGGGCAUCUAUGGAGUAAACCAGUCAACCAUCCAGAGAUGCAUCUCUUGCAAAACAGAAGGUCAUGCACGCUGGGCCCUGUAUCUGAAUCUGCUGGGUCUGUGGAUCAUUCUGUUCUGUGCUGUGGUAUCUGGUCUGAUCAUGUACACGUUCUACUCGCGCUGUGACCCCUGGUCGGCUGGAUCGGUCUCUGCUCCUGACCAGCUCAUGCCGUAUUUUGUGAUGGAAAUUCUCGGUGCGUUUCCAGGACUGCCAGGCUUAUUUGUCGCAUGUGCAUUCAGUGGAACGCUGAGCACAGUAGCUGCCAGCAUCAAUGCUUUGGCCACGGUGACGUAUGAGGACUUUGUGAGCCAGUGUUACAGAGAUCUGUCCAACCGAGCGGCCAACUGGAUCAGCAAAGCUCUGUGUGUGGUGUUCGGUGUGGCCUGCACUACUAUGGCCGUGGCUGCAUCAUAUAUGGGAGGAAUUGUGCAGGCGGCCCUUAGUAUCCACGGCAUGUGCGGAGGCCCAAUGCUGGGCCUGUUUUCUCUGGGAAUCCUGUUUCCUGUCACUAACCUAAAGGGGGCAGUUGGGGGUCUGAUCGUGGGCAUCACUCUCUCGUUCUGGGUCGGUGUGGGGGCUUUCAUUUAUCCAGCACCCAGCAAUAAUACACGUCCACUUGAACUCAGCACUGCAGGCUGUAACUUCAACCUCACAGCUGAUGGAUCCAACCAGACAUCAGUCAGCGUGAGCGCUCUCACCUCUGACAGGUAUUGGCUUGCUGAUUCAUGGUACUCCAUGUCCUAUCUGUACUAUAGUGCAGUGGGCUUUAUUGGCACUGUAGCAGCAGGUCUACUCAUCACACUGCUGACAGGGCCAAUGGAUCCCAAAAAGGUAAAGCCAGGACUGACUCGAUCAGUGAAGGACGUCAUCUGCUUCUGCUCUGAGAAAUUCAUGCACGCAGACUUUAGUGAAGACAAAGAGGAUUUGGGAGACUUUGGCAUGGCAUGGGAGAAACAUACAGACACGGAAGGUGUUAUAAAAAUGGAGGAGAAGGUCAAGAGUGAUAAUGAUAACCUGCAUGAAAACGGUUACACUAAUGCCGCUUUUGACCAUAAUGAAACUAGUCAAGUUAAGCAAAGCUUUAACUUUUUGACCAAAUAAACAAAUAGAAAAUGUUCAAUGAAGUCAAAGAAUACAUCAACUAUUUAAUUUAAUAGAUACAUUUACAGAAAAAUGACAUCUAACUCUAUGUUACAGACAUAUUUUGUACAAUUCUUGUAUGCAUACUUUUUGCUUUAUGUGUAAACACAGAUAAAGGAGUCACAUUAAUAGCCUUUACAUAAGAACUAUAAACAAUAAAAUCAUGUUGUGUCGUCACAGGAUUAUUGAACGUUAUUCAAAAUGACUGUGAUUUUGCCAGUUAGACUGUGCUUCUGGAUCAACAUCUUUGGUUAGUUCUGAAGCCUAGUCCUAAAACCCGAGACACACUGCACGAUUUUCGGCUGUCCCAGAUGAAAGACUGGCAUCAUGAAACAAUCUUUCGAAUCAGAUAUCACCACAAUUGUUUCACAAUGUCAGUCUUUCACCUGGUACAGCCGAAAAUCGUGCAGUGUGUCUCAGGCUUAACCCAGGGGUCCAAUCCAGCUCCUGGAGGGCCACUUUCCUGCAGAGCUUGGCCUGGAAAAUUUCCAACAAUCUUGAAGACCUUGAUUAGCUGGUUCAGGUGUGUUUAAUUGGGGCUGGAGCUAAACUCUGCUGGAUUGUGUCCCUCUAGGAGCAGGAUUGGACACCCCAUCUGUAAACCCAAUUCUAAAACUGGUAGUACUCUUUCCAGUUCCUGGAUCUGUCCUCUAGCAAAGUUUUUCUCAAAUCCUAAUCAACUGCACCUGAACCAACUACUUAGGAUCUUCAGGAACACUUGAUAAUUGCAAACAGGUGUAUGUUUUCAUGUGGACAGUGAAUCCGUAUAUUUUCUGAAAUGAUGAUGUCAUCAGCCCACAUCUCACCCCUAGUCAGACACCACUAUGUCACAUAACAGCAACAGAAACAUGAACAAACA